AUGAACACGCCGAAAUCAGUAAUUGCAUUAUCACAAUGUUUUGGAACAGUGCAAUAUAUGAGUAAAGAAGAUCAUGACCGCGAAAGAAAUAGAUGGCAACAAAGACUAGACGAAACUGAAGAGAAACUUCUUGAAAUGUCAAAUGCGAAUUCACAUAUGAUGCAAAUAAAGGCGCAACUGAAUAAAAAAAUUAUUGAGUUUGAAAAAAAUCAAAGACCGUUAAUAGAACAAAAUAAAAGAUUAAAUGAAAGAAAUAAAAUUUUAACACAAGAAAUAAGAAAAAUUAAUGAUAAAUUAACACAUUCUCAAACUGAUAUGAUUAGUCUGAAAGAUAGUUAUGAUAGAUUAAUAAAAGAAAAUAAUAUUUUGAAAGAACAAAGAACAUUUCCAGAAAAAAUUAAAGAAUUAGAUCGUUAUCGCAAUCAAGCUCUUGAAUAUUCAAAAUGUAUAACUGCAUUAAGACAUGCUGGUAUGGAAAAAGAUAAACGUUUUGAAUUAUUAUUACAAAAAUACAGAAGAAUGAGGAGAGCUGUCAUUAAUAAGGUAAAUACAGAGUUAGAUGAAGAUAAAAUGAGUCAAUUUGGAUCUGAUGGUUCAGUUGAAAGUUUCUCCUGCUUAGAUACAAUAAAUGAAGAUUUAUUAGAAUUUGAAAAUGUUGAAAGACAAAUAAAGAGUGAAAUAUUUGAUUGUAGUGAGAAAGACAAUGACAUUGCUCAAAAAGAAGAAAUAAAAUUUUUAACUGAAACAGUUGAAAAACAAAAAAAUGAGAUACAGAUGUUAAAGGAUAAAUGUAAUAAUUUAGAAUCAGAAAUUGCUAGUUCAAGAGAAUGUAAUGAUUUGUUAGAAUUUCAAAUUUUGGAAAUGACAGAAAAUAUGAAAGAUAUGCUUCCAAUAUCUAGUGUUGAACAUGAACGUAAAAUGUAUAAUGAAAUAAUUAAAAAAAUAGUAGUACUAUUUAAUUCAACAAGUCAAAUUAUAGAAAAUGAAAAAAAAAAUCUUCCAAAAAAUAUAACAAUAUUAAAUAAUAUGUCAUCAAAGUUAUACAUUGAUAUAGAUAAUGAAAUUAAUGAUGAGAAAAUAGAAUUAAUAAAUAACAGAAUUUGUACAUUUACUAAAAAUGUACAAGCAAUAAUAAAAGAAAGAAUAGAAUGUGAUAAAAUACAUGAUGCUGAAAGAGAUGCUUGGAAAGAUGAGUUAAGUAAAAUGUAUGAUCAAUUACAGAUUGCUUUACAAAAUGUUAAAGUUCUUGAAGAAAAAGAACAUCCUAUUAGAUCACUUUUAGAAAGAAGAUUGGAAGAAGCUCGUUAUAGAUUAAAAGAAGCAUUACAAACUAUUGAAAAUUAUGAAAAUCUUAUGGAAGAAGCUAAUAAUCGACUUGCUCAAUUGGAAGUUUCAGAAAAAAGAAACGAUGAAUUAGAGAAAAAAGUUAUUUGCCUUCAGACGUAUGUAAAUGAAUUUGAGGAACAAUUUGCUGCACAAAUUGAUGUAAUUAAUCUAUUAAAAAAACAACUCGAACUUGUGCGCUAA